AAUGGUACAAAGGGUGACAUUGGACUUGCCGGACCUGCCGGACCUCCCGGACCUCCGGGAUAUAAUGGUACUCAGGGCCCUGCAGGACCGUCUGGAAUACCUGGCGUUCAGGGUCCUCGUGGACCAUCUGGGUUCAAUGGUACCCAGGGGCCAGUUCCUGUGUUGUUAAGACUUUAACCAGCGCUGGUAUGGCAGCAAACUCGAUCGCCCGACAAGAAACUAUGGCGACGGAACCAAACGUAAGUUUAGUUGAAGAUUGUGAAAGUUGAUUCUGUUUGAUUCUGACAAAAAAAAUAGCUAUUUUGUUGAAAAUUACUUUACGAAAUAUUAACACUUAUCACAAUAUUUACCGUUCCAAGGAGUUGUCCAAAUGUCCUUAAGCCUCCCUACAGUCCGAAAGUUGAGCCAUAGGGCGCAUCGAAUCAAAGCUAAUUUCCUUUCUUUUAAGUCUUAAAUCUCCAUCAUCAUGAAAACAAAAAAACAAAAAAAUAGAAAACCUUAAACAACUUGUUUCGUUAUCUGAAUCUUGAACUUGUUCAAAAAGUUUAUUUUGCCGCCAAAUGUAAAAUAAUUUCUUUAUGAUUUAUUUUAUUUCAUACCUUUCAGUGUAUUUACGGUUAUUUCUUUAAUACCACAUGGAGCAAUAACAUUCUCGGCCUGUCAUGAACAAAAAACGUUUGCAAAUAUCAGUUUUUCAAAAUUUUCGCUAGGCCCGGUUUUAUGACUCUGUAUCUUGCCCCAUGAGUGACAACGAAAAUCGAUUUUACAAGAACGACCUGCUCACUUAGGGAACUAGUAAUCAAGCGUACAUUUUAAGGCCAGUAUUAGAAAAUAAUUGGAUUUUUCUCUUCUUACGUUCCUAGACGUAUGAUAUCCGAUUUCGGCAUAGAAAACUCACAGUAAGAAUUGCCCAUAUUGUAGGCGUCGGCUUUCGCGAUGUCGUGUGUACAUCCAUUGAAGAGGAAAGAAAUGUUUUGCUCAUCCACAUUUCGAACUCUUGACGUAAUUUAUAAUUAUCAUCAGUAUCAUAUUUAUUAUCCUUUUUUCCUGCCAGGGUAAAAUCUUUAUUGGCGUAAACUAUGAUACAAACGACGCGAAAAUUGCUAAAUUAUCAAGCAUCAUCGCAGGUGGAAAGAGAACCUACAGAUGCUCUUGCGAAGGUACCCUAACUACUGGAGAAGCAACGAUGUAUUGUUACAUGCACUACUGGCAGUGUAAGUCACAAGAGGAAAAACGGAAAGCCAUUUAAUGAACAGGAGGGGGCAACAGACGACACGCGACACGGGUACCUAAGAACCCUAGGGAAAUCCCCCAGCAACGCCCUUGUUAUACCGUAUAUAUCCAUUAUUUAAUCGUGAUCAAUUUCUUGCGUGAAAUCGAUUUCGAGAAGUUGUCCCUGGCAGCAUCAAACUUUUAUUAUAAGAAAUCCAAAAUAUCACUUAGAAAUGAAAGGAUAUGGAAGUAAAACAAGAGUUUCGAUGAGAUAGUCAGCGUUAGAGAUGGGAGUGGAAGAAAGUUUUGUGAAACUAAGUGGUCAUGUUACCUAGAAAACCUCUCAGUUUUACUACGAACUGUUGCUUUCAUAUACUUAAAUCAGCACUUAUGUUUUUUAUCAAUGCUAAAUAUAGACUUCAGUCCCUUAGAAUAGCUUCCAAAAAUAUUUUGUUUCACAUUAUAUUUUGUACUAAACGGACGAAAGAGUAUUUGUUAGUAUAUCAAGUUAAAAAGGAGUACUAGCAGCCACAAGUGGAUAACACCUAAAAUCACCGCGACUUAAGCGACUGACAUAUUAUAACUGUCGGAAAUAUGGUUCCUAAAGGUAACCUGAUGUGAAAAAAUAAAAUUUUAACUUAACUUUUGUGUAUGUUUUCAUCUAGUAUGUAAUGGUCGUAUUAUUUUACACGGCUCACACAUUUCUUGGGAAUCAUAGUCACUUUAGUGAACAAAACAUUGUUUUUUAGUCGAACAAAGAUGACGUUUUAUUUCUAUGAUUCAAAUUCAUGAAGUAAUCAAUUAACAAUAGGGCAACAGUAAGGACUUUAGUUGUGCUCUAUUGAACUCGAGGAACUGACGAUCCUGAACGAUGUUCAUUUCAUAAUGCUCAGUGAAACUCUGUCGGACUAAGAAACUCCCUGAAGCAUUAAAAAUGGCUUCCCUUCUUCCGACCGAGUGAAAUGGAUUGGGUGGGUUUUUAACGAAUUCCACAACCCCCCCCCCCCCCAAUCCGCAAAAAAAAAAAAAAAAUAGGGUAGCCCAGCUUAAGAAAUUCAAAUAAUGCUUAAUAUGAGAGCAAAAACAGUUGACUGCAUUUGAAAUUGCCUAAUAUUGCAUUGUGCUAAAAAAAAAAGGAAAAAAAAGAGUUCCGACAAAUGUAGGUAAGGAUUUGUGUGAUUGAUGGGACUAUGAAAACAAUGUUGAAAAAAUGGCUCUAGUAUCUUGCUUUUGAAGAGUUUCUAAAUAUAUUUCAUUUCUCAUCCUUCUCAACGCCUUCAUAGCAUUAAUGUGAAAUUAAAAGUAGUUAUUUCGGAAAAUGAUCCAUGCCACCUCUCAAAUUACCUUAGCAUGAAAUGCAAUCGAAGAUGGCUUAUACGAAACCAGUGGAUCAUUAAAGGCAAGAAAAUUUAAUUUUGGUUUGACCUCAGCCCAUCGAAGACUAAAACAUCAAGACAAAACCCUCUAUACCUCAUUUGAUUCUACCUGAAUAUCUCACUGUACACUGGAAAGUGGGGUCGAUAGUGAUAACCUGGAUCAAAAUCAAGACAGCAUAGUCAUUUUGUUCAAUAAUGCUUUAUGCAUGGAUUAUCCUAUCAAUCAGAGAUGGUCAUAUGAUCAGCAUUUGAGCAUCUCUUUGGUCUGCCUAAGCAUGUUUCGCCCCAAGAAGAGUCUAAAGUCGAUCUGUUUCAUAAACGGCACAAUCAUACCACCCAAUGAUGAAUACUAAGAUCGAGGUCGGGCGGGAGAACAUUUAUUUCGAAAUGGAAUCUAAACAGGAAGAUAACGCCGAAACCUAUGACGAUGUAGUUUUCAGAAAGGACACUCCACAGGCAAAGCCAAACGUGGAAACACAGCCGAUUCUGAUACAGUGAAGCAUAACCCAUUAUUCUUUAUCCCAUCUGCCAUCGCUGUUGCUUCGCUCUUAACAGCCCUUGCCACUUUGGUUUUAGCUGUGGCAAUCAUGACGGCACGGAGCGAGGCUUCGACAGGUACGGCUACCAUUGCUCCUUCCUGUUGUAAGUAAACACUCGUAGGUCUUGAUUCAUCGAAAUUAUAAAAGUGGCAUUAGUCAAACGCGUACGACACGAUAAAGUAAACAAUACUUUACUUCGGUCACGACCAUUUAAUAUCUUGUCCGAAGAGAAAAUUAGCGAAAUUUCCGUUUCGAUAUGAUUUGAGUAUUGUUAUUAUUAAGAUUCCACGAAAUUGAGUCAACAAAAGCCACGUUCUUUUUUUAGUUAAAAGCCCAAUUUAUCAACCAACUACUAUCUCAUAAAAUUUUCAUCUCCAAGUUAAAAAAUUACUUCUCGAAGAAUUUCGUACAAAGUUUGAAAUGCUUGACCCUUGUUUACUAGAGCUUUCUCCGCACUGAUGAUUAGUAUAGGAUUUCAAGUCUAAGAAAAUGACAUUGCUUACAAGGGGCAAUCUGUCUAUCAUGGUACUUAGUCGUAAUCAUGAACAACAUGGGUAGUUCUGUUAUGUCUGCAUGAUUUGAUAUUUAGAUGAGGCUAAUUUGUGACAACUAGCGUUGAAAAACAUAUUUCUUUAACAGUUAAUUGGUUUGCUCUCACACAACUCCGAUCCGCGAGUGUGGCACAUCAAGCAUAUUGCUGUAAAAAAAGAUUAAUUAUUCUUAAUCAAAACGCCAAUUCAAAAAGAGAAAAAUAAGUAACUGAAAAACCUAUCACUCUUGGAUUGAUAAAUCACAUGUAUGGGAUUGUAAUCAAUGGCCUUAUUUGUUGCUAUCUCAAACAUGCGAGGAUUGAAAGCGAAACAAAGAAAAUGUUCGACAAAUAGUCAUGAGAUUUAUUUGUAUAAAAUGCAGGUAUAUAAUAAAUCAAACCCUCUGCGUUGAAUCAUUUUUCUUCUUUUUCCAUUUACAAGUAUUAAACUAUUUACUCUGCCAGAUAAGUCGCAGAUCGAAAAGAAGGUUCAGGAGUUGGAGAGGAUCCUCUUGGCUCUACAAAAAAAUUCGGUAAGAGCAAUUUUGUGUUUGUGUUCGUUUUUUUGUUUGUUUUUUCAUUAAUCGCAGUGAUCGAAUAAAUACAAAAGCUCUCAGAUGUAUUGUAAUGCCUCUUAAAACUAGAUUAGUGGUUAUCAUCUCCUGAAACCAACAACGAUUCACCGAGAAAAAAAGACCGAGUCAGCGAUGUUUCCUUUGAUCAUCGAUAAAAACUUUUACGUAUUUAAGACUUCGUAAGGGCGGUCCAGUCGACUUGGCUUGAGAUACAAACUACCUCCUUCUGUGUUCUAAGAUAUCUCAUGUCCUUCUAGUGAAGCCACAACCCGCCUGAUUGGAUCUCUUUCUUUUUCUCGAGUAUAGCGGUAGUCAAUUUUUGAUCGAGCGAAAGCUUAUCGAGACGAUGCUAAGAAUUUAAUAUUAUCACUUUGUCGGUUCGUGUGUUUUAGCACGCUGAAAUAAACAAAUGAAAGCAGCCAAUUAAAAUCGAGAAGCCAUUGCUAUGUUCGCGACGCUUUUUUGCCGCGUUCGUGGAAGAAAUCAAAGUAUUUUUACGCUAUUGAAAAUAUACAAAGCAUAAAAACUAAAAAAGCUUUGGUAAAGGAUAGCUCAGCCGCCAGAAAAGUGCUUUUUCGGACAAUAAUAACGUAUGUUAAAAACGCCUGCGUAAGUUCUGUGGCCGGUGGUAAAGUGCUGGUGAUGACUUCAAGCCAAACGCAUUCAGUGCGAACAUAAUGCCAAACUCUCAGUUUAGAAAUUGUACUGUUAAUUUCAAAAGAUUUAUAGAAUUUUCCUUUCGAAUUUUUGAAAACUCAGAUGACCAGACUUUGUAAUUUCACGCAAGUUUCGCUGGAUGGUGUUUUUACCUUGGGGGAAAUUAAAGCCAUUUAAGUUGUAGACGUUUGCCUAAUUGUUAAAAUCCUAUUGUUGACACUCCACAGUGAUGUAAUAGUAAUAUAUAUAAUUUUAAAAAAAUUAAAAAGAAAGGUGCAAAAAAAGUCUGGGUCGGGUCCAAAACAAUAUUUUUGCAAAUAAUUUUUUUUUUUUUGAACGCAAAAGUUUAAAGAAAUAUUUAGAAAAAAAACAAACUUUAUCUUAAGCAUUUCAAACUCAACCCAAGUGCAGACUUAAACUUCUUUUAUUAAUAUAGAUUCUUUAGAGACUAAGAGUUUCUUACAAUAUCUAAGUUUUGUUUCGAUCUAAAGAAAUGCGGGAGAGAGGGAUUUUGCAUAAUAAAUAAUCUGAUCUAAAAAUGCGGAAGUGAGAAAUUUUGCAUUAAUGCGCUUGAAAAGGGGAAACGAGUGCACCUUAAUGCAUCAAGAUGGUAAACAAGCACCUCGUAUUAUCGAUAAAAUCCAUUCAUACUAUGGAGGUUUCGAAUUAAGUUGUUGAAAAGUUCUGGAUUUCUUAGUACAAUAACAUUAGUGGCAAUCAAAUUCUAAGAAAUUGUAAACGACACCAUUUUAAAUUGAGAAAAAUCAUUAUUCAUUUUGUAUCGAUCUGAAGAAACAAGGAAAGAGAGACUUAAUAAAACUACACACAAGCAAGGAAAACGUAUUUACCCCAAUCUAGCCUAACAUGGUAAAAAAGCGCAUGGUAAGUAAAUAUAACUUACCUUAUACCAUUAAACUUUUCUGGGAGUAAUAUAAGUAGAGUAAUGUAAGUUUAGUUCUGUACAAAUUUUUCUUGAAUUAAUGUUGAUUAAAUUAAAAUAAAUAAAUAAAUAAAUAUAACUUCCCCCAUACCAUGAAACUUUUCUGGGAUGUCCUAGUUCUCUAACACAACAACCAAUCAGAAAAUUCGAUCCAGACACCCAAAGAAUACGUUUUAAAAGCUAUCGAAACGUCAACAAUAUAUUCGUUGAGUUGAAAUGUUAUGGUUGAAGAGAAAGUAAGAAUUAAAUGACAUUUUUCUCUUCUUCUACGAUGCUAUUAUUAAGUUUUUCUACCACCGUUAUCCUGAUCAUCAUGACCAUCAUUGUUAUUGUUACAAUGCGAAUCAUUGCAGUUGUCCGGACCUGCCGGACCUCCGGGAUAUAAUGGUACUCAGGGCCCUGCAGGAUCAUCUGGAUUACCUGGUGUUCAGGGCCUUCGUGGACCAUCUGGGUUCAAUGGUACCGAGGGCCCAUCUGGACCCGGGGCCGGUUCCUGUGUUUUUAAGACUUUAACCAGCACUGGUAUGGCAGCAAACUCAAUCGCCCAACAAGAAACUACAGCGACGGAACUCAAGGUAAGUUGAGUUGAAGAUUGUGAAAGUUGUUUGAUUCUGACAAAAAAAUAUACUAUUGAAAAUUGCUUUACGACAUAUUAACACUGGAGACAAUAUUUACCAGUCAAAGGAGUUAUCUAAAUGUCGUAAGGCCUCACCUUGAGUCAUAAAGUUGAGUUAUUACUUUCCAACCAUAGGCCGCAUCGAUUUUGAAAAUCAAAGGUAAUUUCCUCUCUUUUAAGUCUUAAAUCUCCAUCAUCACGAAAACAAAAAGAAAAGAAAACCUUUAACAACUUGAUAAUAUAAGUUUGUUCUGUUGUCUCACGACGAGGUCACUUGAUGUGGAACGCAACGUUUCGACUGCUUACUGCAAGUCUUCUUCAGGCGAUGGGGUCGACCGGUUGUCACCCCAAGGAGCGGCAGAAACAAAUAUUCGAGAAACGUAACCUCGACACCAAAAGUUGACCAAGCAAACUGGGUCACUAACCUGUCUUCCAGAACACUCAGCGACGCAGAAACCACCCUGCUCAAGAAAGGACUAAAUUUCGCCGUCACGCCGACCAACAUCAGAACCACAGAAAUAAUCGCGAAGGCAGAAACAACCAUCAGACCACUCGACGCGGAACAAGCUGACACAGUCCGAAGAACCGUCAACAACGUACUCCAAAAGGCCGUACCACCCAAGCCUAACAUCACAACGGAAAUGCGAAAUGCGCUAAAAAGUCUCAAACAGGACCAUUCCGUCAUGAUCCUGCCAGCAGACAAGAGCUGUGCGACUGUAGUCCUCGACACGGAAGCGGCUACCACUCCAAGAUGCCAAUGAUAUCCUUUGACGUCGAGUCGCUGUUCACCAACGUCCCUAUAGAAGAAACAGUACAGGCCGCGUUUCAUAGACUCAACAACGAUCCGAGCCUACCAGACCGCACAGCGCUCACACCUACCCAGAUUGCAGACCUUCUAAAUUUCGUUCUGAGAUCCACAUACUUUAAGUAUAACGGAGCACUCUACGAGCAACAAGAUGGAGCACCUAUGGGCAGCCCGAUUUCCGCCGUAAUUGCCGAUCUAUACAUGGAGGCCUUCGAAGAACAAACCUUAGCUACUGCCCCAAAACCCCAAAACCACCGAGAAAAUGAAAGCGCUAUGUAGAUGACUCGUUCACCGUCAUGAAACAGCACAACGUGGAUAAUUUUCGGAGCUACCUCAACCAACAACACCUGUCCAUCCGCUUCACCAUGGAAACUGAGAAUAACAAUAAGACCGCCUUCCUCGACACCCUCGUAACAAGGGAACCAGACGGUAAACUGCUCACAAGUGUAUACAGAAAACCCACCCACACCAACCAGUACCUUGCCUAUGAUUCGCACCACCCAUAAUCUGUUAAACGCGGUUUUGUCAAGUGUUUACAUGGUCGAGCUAAACGCAUCAUCACCAAGCCAUCCGGAACAGCCUAGGAGAUCCACAGUUCUCGUCGCCAACGGCUACCCUCCGUCCUUCUUACAGAAGGUGACCAAAAUCAGGAAUCCAACACCCGAGAGGGAAACAACAGAAUUCAAGUCUACCGCAGUGCUGCCAUACAUCAAAGGAGUCUCAGAACCCUUCCGCCGCCACCUACAGCAACAACGAAUACGCACCGUCUUUAAAUUCGACACCACACUAAGAUCUUGGCUGGUCGGACCAAAAGACCCCGCUGACCCAAACAAGCAAGAUUGCGUAGUCUUCAAGAUACCAUGCACAUGCGGCAAAGUCUACAUCGGGGAAACAGGACGACCCAUACAAGAAAGAAUGAAGGAGAACGACAGGGAUAUAAGACUCGCACGCACUCAGAAUUUCGCAGUUUCAGAACAUGCUAACGGAGCCGGACACAAGCCGCUGUGGAACAAAACCAAGCUUAUUGCCCGAGAAAGCCACUGGUACAUAAGGAAAGUGAAGGAGGCAAUUCACAUAAGACUCAACCCAAAUAACAUAAACAGGGACAGCGGAGCCGAAAUACCUGGAUGCCUUCAAAAAGGAAACAUCUAAACCAACGACGUACGAAAAACCAGCGAACGCCCGAGGAAACCAUGGUAACCAUGGUACCAUGGCAUGACCACCAUGAUAUAUAAUGCCGUGCCACAACCAGAGGCACGCCUGAAGAAGACUUGCAGUGAGCGGUCGAAAAGUCGCGUUCCACAUCAAGUGACCAUGUCGUGAGACAACAGAACAAACUUAUAUUAUCAUCCAACUACCACGAUGAACAACAACCUAUCUCACAACUUUAACAACUUGUUUCGAAAUUCAGCACGAACUUUUCGGAAAAGUUCAUUUUGCCGCCAAAUAUAAGAUAAAGUGUUCUUUUUUUCGGAAAAUUUCAUACCUUACAGUGUGUAUCUACGUUUAUUUCUUUAAUCUCACACGGAGCAAUAAUAUCCUCGGCCUUACGUGGAACAAAAAAGCGUUUGAAAAUACCAGUUUUUCAAAGUAUUCGCUACGCCGGCUUUUAUGAAUCUGUAUCUCGGCCUAUAAGUAACAACAAAAAUCGAUUUUACACGAACGACCUGCCCGCUGAGGGAACAAGUAAUCCAGCGUACACUUAAAGGCCAGUAUUAGCAAAUACGUGGAUUUAUCUCUUCUUACGUCCCUAGACGUGUAGGCUGUAUUUGUGAUAUCCGAUUUCGGCAUGGAAAACUCACAAUAAGUAUUCCCCAGAUUUUGGACGUCGGCUUUCGUCAAGUCGUGUGUACACCCAAUUGAGAGGAAAGAAAUGUUUUGCUCAUCCACAUUUCGAACUCUUGACGCAAUUUAUCUGUAUCAUCAGUAUCAUAAUUAUUGUCUUUUUUUUUUUUCCUGCCAGGGUAAAAUCUUCAUUGGCGUCAACUGUGAUACAAACGACGCGAAAGUUGCUAAAUUAUCAAGCAUCAUCGCAGGUGGAAAGAGAACCUACAAGUGCUCUUGCGAAGGUACCCUAACAACUGGAGAAGCAACGAUGUAUUGUUACAUGCACUUCUGGGAGUGUCAGUCAUAAGAGGAAAAACAUAAAGCCAUUUAAUGAACAGGACUCUUUGUAAAGAAGAUUAUACAGUUUUGAUUCAGAAACGAGACGAAGAAUACUAUUUUUCAAAUAUGCCCCGUGAUCUGGGUUUUCUUUCAGAGGGCAUUUCAGUUGAGUGUUGUAAAACCAAAAUCAAAGUAAAAUAAAAGUAAAAACAGGUUAUCUUCUUAAAGCGAGAGAAAGAGGAUGGUGCGAGAUUUCUAGACCAAUCACAAUGUGAAGUAAUGCUAAAUCAAAGCAAAGUAGCAUUACUUCCCCCACUCAGUCGAGUGUCACCCUAUUUAGCCACAUUGUCUUUAAUUGACAUGAUAUCAAAGUUAAUAGGCUAAGACUUUCCUAUCAUUUAUACUCAUUCAAAGGUGGAACCCCCAGGGCAAAACCACCCCCGGCUACGCCCUUAUUAUAACAUACUCGUAUCAUCUAAUCUUGAUUAAUUUCUUGUGUGAAACUAAUUUCGAGAAGUUGUACCUGGCUUCAUCAAAUUUCAGUCUAGGAAAUCCAAAAUAUCACUUAAAAAACGAAAUAUGUGGGAAUAAAUCAAGAGUUUCAACGAAGGGUGCCGCCGUAAGUAAGGGUUUGUGUGAUUGAUGGGACUUUGAAAACAAUGUUGAAAAAAUGGUACCAGUAUCUUGCUUUGGAAAAGUUUCCGAAUACUUCCUUUCCCAUCCUUCUCAACGCCUUUAUAACAUUCAGCUAUUUGGGAAAAUAUUCCAUGCCACCUGUCAAAUAACCUUAGCAUUAAAUGUAAUCAAAGUUGGCCUCUACGAAACCAGUGGAUCAUUAGAGGUAAGAAAGUUUUAGUUUAGGUUUGACUUCAGCCUACUGAAGACUAAAACAUCAAGGGGAUAUCAAGAGGAAACCCUCUAUACCUCAUUUGCUUCUACUUUGAUAUCUCACUAUACACUGGAAAGUGGGGUCGAUAGUGAUGACCUACAUCACUAUCAAGACAGCAUAAUCAUUUUGUUCAAUAAUGCUUUCAUCAUCAUUUAAGGUCAGUUAAAUCUUUUAUUGCACAAUCUAUAAACUUACGUCGAAACAAACAAACACUUCCUGUCAUCAUCCUUUUUUAAGACAGCUUACGCAUCAGUCAUUCUUCGCUCUAUCAUCAGUCAGUGCUGAUCAUAUGAUCGUAUCGCAUCGCAUUUCAGCAUCUUUUUUGCUUGCCUAAGCUUGUUUCGCCUCCAGAAGCGUCUAAAGUUGAUCUGCUUCACAAGAGGCACAAUCAUAACACCCAAUAAUGGAUACUAAGACCGAAGUCGGGCGGAUGAACGUUUCUUUCGAAACGGAAUCUAAACAAGAAGAUCACGCCGAAACGUGUGACGGUUUAGUUUUCAGAGAGGACACUCCUAAGGCAAAGCCGAAGGAGGAAACACAGCUGUGUAAAGAUUCUUAUACAGUGAAACAUCACCCAUUAUUCUAAAUCGUAUCAGCCAUUGCUGUUGCUUCGCUCUUAACAGCCCUUGCCACUUUGGUUUUAGCUGUGGCAAUCAUGACGGCACGGAGCGAAGUUUCCACAGGUACGGCUACCAUUGCUUCUCCCUGUUGUAAGUAAACACCCGUAGAUCUUCAUCCAUUCAAAUCUUAAAAGUGAUUGGAAAAAGGGCACUAAUUAAACGACAGGAUGAAGCAAGAAAUAAUUCACUUCGGUCCUGACAAUUUCUUGUACAAAGAGGAAAUUAGAGGAACUUCCGUUUCGAUAUGAUUUGACUAAUGCUAUUGUUAAGAUUCCACGAAACUGGGUCAACGAAAACCUUUCUUUUUUUUUUUUUUUUUUUUUUUUUUUUUUAGUAAAACGCCCAAUUUAUCAACAGACCACUCUCCCGUAAGAAAUUUCUACUCCCGAAUGAAAAAUUAAUUUCUUGAAGAACUUCGUACAGAGUUUUGCAUAUUGCACCUUUAUUUACCAGAGCGUUCCCCGCACUUGUGAUUAGUAUAGGAUUUCUAAUGAUGUGAGCCACUUAACAUUAAGUUAGUAUCAUGAAGUAUGCAAAGGCCGAAGACAUUGUAAGUAACGCAAACGCUCCGAGUCAUUGAAUUGAGAACUUUAACCAUAUGCGUAAUAAUAUCUGACAAAAGAUGAGGUUAUAAAAAAAUAUCAUUAGUGAAAAGCACGACUCUCCAUGUUUUCAAUGGGGCUUUUGGAAUUAAAUAUGUGAAAUCAUUUAUUAACAUGAAACUCAACCCCCCCCCCUUAUAAAAUUUGAAAUUGAAAUUUUGAUUAACAUACAUACCAAGAAAAUUCAAAGUUCCAUGCAGAUAAUUAAAAAUGGUAACAGACCGAGUGGAGUUCAAUUCGGUGUGUAAUCAUAAGAGUGAUUGUCAAUCAUUCGUAACAUUACCGACAGAAUUGGUUGACACUAAGUCCUGUUGCAAAUUAAAAUUUCGGGAAAAAAAAUGAACCAAAAAAACAUGAUUGUUCAAAACAUGAUCAUUAAAAUCUACGACAAAAGCGAAAUGCAACGUUUAAAAUCGGCUUUUAAAACAAAGAUAAAAAACUAAAGACUAAAACCACUCAAGCAAAACGAUUACUUAGCAACAACCAAUCAGUCCACCGUUCAAGUGUUAACAAUUAAAUAAUCAACCAGGCGUUACGGCCAAGGAACAAAAAUUACAUUCAAUUUGAAACUCGCGCCGUCUAGUAAGUUUCGAAAAUACAAUCGUUAUACAUCUACUACAGCUAUCUUAAGAAACAAAAGAAAGCAUUACAACUUUUUCUACGGAUUAGCUGGGAUGUUUUCCUUUACGUUUAUAUCUUCUGGGCCUGGACAAGAGGAAGAAAUAAUUGCCGGCGAUCGACCUUUAUACUAUCGCUGAUAAAGUCGAUGUUGCGGCAUACCCGCUUGCCAUACGAGAUAAUUACCUUCGUUUGCUCUCCGUUGUUUGGUCCUAAUCAUGCAGCCAGGACUCUCUGGCAUGUCCAGUAACUUGGAUAAUUUUAUGAAGUGGUUGGCCCGCUUCUUUUAAUUUCGUAACGACCGUUUUUCUUGUGAAAUGGUUUGUUGUUUUCUUGGCACGCUCCUCUCGUAAACAACUUGCAACUGACUUCAUUAUUUGGCUAAUUCGAUGCUCACCCAUGCUCGAUUUGGCCAACCAACACCUGUGGAGGGGCUAGAAACAAUUUCAAGGUACAAAGGGCCGGAAUUUCUAAUUGGUCGGGGUCGACGUGCAAGCCACUCUAAGCAAAGCUGCACGAGAUCCCAUUCCCCACCGUUGGUAGACCGCGUUUGCCGAAGAGAACUUCGGUUUUUGUUUCUCAAUCCGCCUUGCCGGGUUUUGGUUAGAUUUUCUUCACACUGAACAACUUUGCUACCAGGUGCCAUUUGCAAAAUGAAAAAAUCUUCAACGUAAGCGUUGUAAUAGUCCUAGCGGCCUCUGAAACCCAAAUAAUUUGCCAGUUUUUUAUAGUAACGUUUGUAAAGGCAACACCAUUGUGACUUUCAAGUUUUCCUUCACUCCAAAAUAAUUAUUCGUCUACUCGAGUGUACGGCUGAGCUCUGUUGGGCAAAUUUUCUUGGCCUUGGCAUCUCUGACAUUUUGUUCGGUGAUGGAUGCCGAAUAAUAUUUUCGGCGGAGAUACCUGUCGAGUGAUGCCUCCACAAUGCGAAGUGAGUAGGCUUCGAAUUCUCUUCCAUUUUUUUUCAGGACUUCAGCGUAGAAUUUUGUCAGAAUCUUAUCCAAAUUUCGACGGGCGAAGCGUUACUAACAAACUAUUGCCAAAUUCCAAGGAACCUCGAAUGCUUCAAGCCAUAAUCGACUCUUUUCCAGGUACAGAUCGAAAUCUUCUUUUUCUUCUCAAUUUCGACAUUAUUUCUCGUAAAUGUAGUGCUAUUAUUACAGGCAUACAAUGUACCUUCUUCCUUACGAAUGAUUCACAAACUUAGAAAGAUCGUUUACAUAUAACAAGCAGGAAAAAAGGCCUUUUGCUUACCAAAUUUUUGAGAGAUGAACAAAUGAUUCUCUUGAUAGUGAUUAAUUAUUUGCAAUAGUUCAAGAAUAAGUUGGUCCUAUUUCUCUCUUAUUGUAUUAAAAGGUGUUUUGUGAAUGGUGCUAACAUUUGCUAAUCAAUGUGUGAAACUUCAACAUGUGUUAAUUGCUUUAUCUUUUAUCUAUUUAUCCAUCUGUUCAUCAUUUUUUGUUUACAUUUUCUAUGUUUUUCUUAUUGUCUCCCCCUCUUCUAGAAACGUCAGAACUUCAAAAGAAUGUGCAAGAGUUGAAAAGGAACCUCUCUGCAUUUAGAGACUACGCGGUAGGAGUAAUUCUUAAUCAUUAGUAGUGAUUUGUUAAAAACAAAAGUGCACUGAGGUAAAAUACAUGAGUACUUUUAUGUAGUACUACAUAAGACUGAGGGCCUUAAUAGGACUUUUAACUUGCUGAUUAUUGGUAAAUAUGGUAUAGAAAUAUAGAUUUUAAACAGAAUAUCAUUUUUGUAUUAACAACAGUACACUUCUUCUGCUUUAACUUUUUCAAUGGGGUGAUCUAAAUGUUAUUUCUAAUCAGGCUGAUGUGUGCCUGGGGGAGCCUGAUAAACAUUACUAUAGGUCCUCUUGGGUGUCAUUGUUCCAGACAUUACCAGUGUUCUCCUAAUUUUUUUGAACCAACUUUGGCAGCAUAGUAGGUACAAACCUUAUCAUGCAAAUUGCGCGCCUCUAUAGCCAUCAUCAUCCUCAGAUCAUUAUGAAUAAGAAAUCACAAGAAAGUAUUGAUGUACAAAGAAACUCAAUCAGGAAUAUUGAUUUACAUUUCUUUUAUUGUUAUAGGUUUCAGGGGUUGUAAAAGAACUGAACUGCCAUUCAUUCACCUCUAAUAAUCAUAAUGAUCAUCUUAAUAAUAACAAUAAUGAUAAUGAUUGUAAGUCAUCACUAAGAAUAAACCAUUCAUUAGAAAAAUGAUAUGAUGUUAAGCAGUUUCUUUUCUUUUCAUCCUUGUGCUAGGUCUCAGCAGAGUUGGAGGAGCUAGCAAUAAGGGCAAGUUUAAAUUCAUCCAUUUCCAGCUCUAUCUAAAUUAGGAAAAAAUUACUAUUAGUGCACUGAGUUUAACAGAAGUUUCUUGCUUUAUGGCAGAUGAAAAAAGACAUGGAAAAAAUGAAAAAUGAAGUAAGUUACCAACAUUAAGAAUGUAUUGUUAUCUGAAUCUCUCACUGUUACAGUUCCUAUUAUCCUUUUUUCAGAAGCAAAAUGUGGACUGCUCUACUUAUUUUACCAACUUUGGUAGGUCCACUAAUUCUUUAACACAAUAAUUUUGUCUGUUUUAUUUUUUAGGGCAAAAAUACAGAGCUAGAGGAUAUCUGUCUCACAGUACAGGAUGUUGCCCAAGUUUUGAUUGGUCUAAAUACAACUGUAAAUGAGAGGUUUCUACAUUUUGAACAAAGCAUCAUGCAACUGGAUCAAAAGGUACAUAUACCUGAAUGUAUUUUUGUGUGUCAUUUCAUACCAAAUUUCAAAUCAACCAAUCAGUGACCUGAUCUGAGAUAUCUUGCAAUGCCAAGUCACUGCCCUAAGCUGCACGAUAUCAUGGUCUCUUUCACUUAAAGUUAAGCUACCUAAUGGUCAUCACAAAGUACAUGGUACACAUAUGCUUCAAAGCCUAAUGCAAAAACAGAGACUGUUUUUCAUCAUGAGUUAAAGAGGAUUUUCGAAGAUUGUCAAACAUAUAGCCCAUCAUUGUUUGCAAGAGUCAGUGUUGAACAUUCAAAUUCAAGCAAGACUACCCCAGCAAAUUUUAAAUUUGUUUUGAAAAUGACCUGUUUACAUUUAUUUAAUGUCUGUGGAAUGGCAGGGGAUACUUUUUUUGUAUCUAAUUUCAUGCUUGAAAAUGCCACAAUUGUGAUUAACUUCAAUUUAGCCUUAAAAAUAUCUUAACCAUUGACUUAAGGUAUAGAUAUAUCAAUGAUAAGGGAUGGUGUGGUGUAAGCCUAUAGACAGAUCAAUUGAUAUGUGGUGACCAUUCCAUCAUCAGUCCAAACUAUAAAGAGAUAAAACUCCAUAGUUCGCAAAUCCAACAUUGAGCAAAUAAGCAUGGUAAAGGUCUCCAAUGUGAAUAAAAAAAAAAACCAAACAAACUGUGCAUUUCUUACAACCAACUUAAGUCAAUGUUGGUUUCCUUCUAGACACCUUUUCAUAUAAGAGCCUCCCAUUUUGGCAGGGCCACUGCCAAUUCCACUGUCACUGCCACUGCCACUGCCACUGCCACUUUCAUUAUCACUGUCACAGUCAUUAUCACUUUCACUUUUACUGUCACAUACACUGUCACUGUCACUGUCACUGCCACUUUCAAUUUCACUGUCACUGAUACUUUCACUUUCAAUGUCACUGCCACUGCCACUUUCACUGCUACUGUCAUUGUCACUCUCACUGUCAAAUUAACUGCCACUAUCACUGCUUCUGUCACUGUUACUAUCACUAUCACUGUCAAUGUCACUGUUACUGCCACUCUCACUGUCACUGUCACUUUCACUUUCAUUGUCACAGUAACUCCCACUGUCACUGUCACUUUCCCUUCCACUUUAACUGUUAUUGUCAGUCACCCACUGUCACCGUCAUUAUCAUUGUCACUGUCUCUGCCACUGUUACUUUCCCUUUCACUUUUACUGUCACUGUCACCGUCAUUAUCACUGUCACUGUCUCUGCCACUGUCACUUUCCCUUUCACUUUUACUUUCACUGUCACUGUCACUCACUUUCACUGUCACAGUCAAUGUCACUUUCACUGUCACUUUGUCACUGUCACCGUCAUUCUCACUGUUACUGUGCUAAUUGUCAUUACCACUACAAUUGUAAUCAUUUUUAUUGUUAUCGUUAUUGCAGUGGUUACUGUGAAUAUCAUUGUUGUUGUUGUUGUUUUUUUUAAUUGUGUGGGUGAAAAAUACUACUGGCAGCACAAGCAUCAGAGGACCACCUGGAGUCAAUGGUACUAAUGGGGACACUGGACCUGCCGGACCUCCAGGAUAUAAUGGUACAAAGGGUGACAUUGGACUUGCCGGACCUGCUGGACCCCCCGGACCUCCAGGACAUAAUGGCACUCAGGGCCCUUCAGGACGAUCUGGACUACCUGGUGUUCAGGGUCUUCGUGGACCAUCUGGGUUCAAUGGUACCCAGGGUCCACCUGGACCUGGGGCCAGUUCCUGUGAUUUUAAGACUUUAUCCAGCACUGGUAUGCGAGUAAGCUCGAUCACCCGACAAGAAAUUUUAGCGACGGAACAAAAUGUGAGUUGAGUUGAAGAUUGUGAAAGUUUUUUGAUCCUAACCAAAAACACUCCUAUUGAAAAUUAAUUAACACUCAAGACAAUAUUUACCGGUCCAAGGAGUUGUCCAAAUGUAGUAAAGCCUCCCGCCAUAGGCCGCAUCGACUUGAACAAUCAAAGCUAAUUUCCUCUCUUUUAAUUGUUAAAUCUCUCCAUCAUCAUCAGUGUUAAAUCUCCAUCAAAAAAAAAAAAGGAAAAAAGAAAAGAAAACAAGAAAACAUUUAACAACUCGUUAUGGAAUUCAGCACGGACUUGUCGGACAAGUUCGUUUUGCCGCCAAAUGUAGGAUAGAAUUGGUUUUUUUUCAUUUUUUUCCGACAAUUUCAUACCUUUCAGUGUAUCUAUCUUUCUCUGAUCCCACACCGAGCAAUGAUAUCCUCGGCCUGUCAUGGAACGAAUAAACGUUUGCAAAUGUCAGCUUUUCAAAAUAUUCGCUACGCCGGCUUUUAUGACUUUUAUAAGUGACCACAAAAAUCGAUUUUGCACGAACGACGAGCCUGCUGAGGGAACCAGUAAUCCAGCGUACAUUUAAAGGCCAGUAUUAGCAAAUACGUGGAUUUUUCUUUUCUUACGUUCCUAGACGUGAAAGCUGUAUUUGUGAUAUCCGAUUUCGGCAUGGAAAACUUUCAAUAAGUAUUGCCCAGAUUUUAGGCGUCGGCUUUCGUCACGUCGUGUGUACACCCAUCGAAGAGGAAAGAAAUGUUUUGCUCAUCUGCUUUUCGAACUCUUGACGUAGUUUAUCAUUAUCAUCUGUAUCAAUAUUUUUUUUUCCUGCCAGGGUAAAAUCUUUAUCGGCGUAAACUGUGAUACAAACGACGCGAAAGUUCCUAUAUUAUCAAGCACCAUCUCAGCUGGAAAGAGAAUCUACAAGUGCUUGUGCGAAGGUACCCUAACAACUGGAGAAGCACUGAUGUAUUGCUACAUGAACUAUUGGGAGUGUCAGUCAUAA